AUGCCUAUCUCCCUUGAACCAGUCAUAGAAUGCUUUGCCAGGCGGGCCAUUGAAAAGGUAACCACUGCGGCGGUGCGUCACUGGAUUGCUUAUGAUGAGACCAACUUUGCCCUUCCAGAUGUUAGAUAUUUCCUGGUCUCAACCGAAGAACUAGGGGCGGCCGAGAUCGUGUCGGAGAUCGAUGUGCCUACUGCCAUGGACACGGUUGGUUCAUGGUCGUUGGCCUGGACGAUCUGGGACAUCGAUGUCCCAGUCGAGGAAAACCUGAGGCGGAAGCUCGACGAUGGUAUUAGGAAGCCAGCCGCGCUUGGUCAGGUGGCUGUUGUAGCCCGAUCCGAACUUUCCAGGGGUCCCGAGGCCCCCGGUGUAGUUGGCGGACGUGAAGAACCCCUUUGGCAUGCGUCGUCGACGGGGCCAAUCUGA